UAUAGCUUAAACAGACGAAGAAGCUAUUGUUACGACUGUAACCGAUCUGAUGAAUUCAUAACACAGUUUUGUCGUCUGCAUUUUAUCUCAUUAUCUUCCGACGAUGGCUCGCUUAGUGUUUUCGUUAAACCUUUCAUCUAGUCAUGGAUUCAAUCUCAGUCCUCGAAAGUAUCAAACUUUUCUCCUAACCCAAACAGGAGCUCCUCGAUCUCGCGCUCUUCGUUGCCAAGCAAACCCAGAAUCUUCCGAGACUCAGGAGAAAUUGGUGGUAGAUGAUAGCUCCACUGGUGAAAUUAAGGAAGUGGAAUCAUCUCAAGCUUCUUCUUCUUCUUCUGGGUUCCCUGAAUCUCCCAACAGAGAUAUCAACAGAAGAGUCGCGGCUACAUCUGUAAUCGCGGCUUUGGCGUUGUUUCUAUCGACGAGGCUCGAUUUUGGGAUUUCCUUGAAGGAUUUAACCGCUGCAGCGUUGCCUUACGAGGAGGCUUUGUCUAAUGGAAAGCCGACUGUGGUAGAAUUCUAUGCAGAUUGGUGUGAGGUUUGUCGAGAACUAGCUCCUGAUGUUUACAAGAUCGAGCAGCAAUACAAGGACAAAGUUAACUUUGUGAUGCUAAAUGUGGACAACACGAAAUGGGAGCAAGAGUUGGAUGAAUUUGGUGUUGAGGGUAUUCCUCAUUUCGCAUUCCUCGAUAGAGAAGGGAACGAGGAAGGUAAUGUGGUCGGGAGGCUCCCGAGGCAGUAUCUGGUUGAGAAUGUGAAUGCGCUUGCUAGCGGGAAGAAGUCAAUUCCUUAUGCCCGAGCCGUAGGACAAUACUCAAGCGCCGAGUCUCGUAAGGUGCAUCAGGUAACUGAUCCCUUAAGCCAUGGAUAGAGAGAGAGAGAGUGGCAUCAUCAUCACCAUGGUUCUGGCGAUAGAAGUUGUUUCUAACUCUACAGUGCACAAAAGAAGUAGGCAUGAAGGGAAAAAUUGGGAAGUAGCAAUGGUUCAAAUUGGUCAGAAGAAUACCAUUGAAUCUAAAUGUUGAUAUAUAUGGUUUCCAAUUUUCCAUAUCGGUGUUAUCCGGUUCGACAUUGCUUCCUUCAUCAACUCAAAACUCAAUUGCGUUAAUUUCUCUCAACCACUUUGUUUUAUAAUUAUACAAUGCAAUCAACCAAAUUAUAAUU